CCCAAAUAUACUUGCUUGCUGCGAUACUAGCUUGAUGUGUGUUUGAAUCGUAACGAGAAAAAAACAAGCCGCGUCUUCCUCGCAUUGCGCGUCAUUCAAACGGGACUCAGUGUACUGCUUUUCCCUCUGUUGCAUUAGUAAUAACAGCGGCGUUGACGGGAGACAGCAGGAGAGAGUGUGUGUGUGUGUCUCCGACAGCGGUGCCCAGCGGAGGAAUAUUGAGCUUUUUAUUUACUCUGCAGCUUGUUGUUCAUUUUCUCUGCGUUAUGGUGAACUUGUACAGUCACGUGCGAAGAUCUCUGCAAACAUAGAGGACGACGACUUCUCACCUGGUGUGUCCCUUUGACUUUACCGCGAGGAGAAUAUACCUGCCAUUUUUUUGUGAGAGACUAACGAGGUAGUGGGAGCUGCUGAACUCUUCGGGCCUGUCCUCUGAUCAGCUUUCACCCCUGGAUUAGCUGGAUCGACCCACCUUGUUCGAGCCGCAGGGUGCACAGGUGUUCCCUCCUCAGUUAUGCAGAUAGCUGACAUCGCUGGACUCCUUCCACUCCUGUGACGGACCACAACUGCAAGUUCUCUCCCUUAGGGGUGAAAUAUGCACACUCUGCGCCCGUAGAAAAAAGCAGACAACACACACUGUAAAGUCCAAAGUGGUUUUAAAUCAUGAUGAUGCAGGAGUCGGCCACAGAGACAAUAAGCAACAGUUCAAUGAGUCAAAAUGGAAUGAGCACCCUAAGCAGCAGCCAAUUAGAGGCUGGCAGUAGAGAUGGGAGAUCAAGCGCUGGUGACACGAGCAGCGAAGUAAGCACAGUCGAGCUGCUGCAUCUGCAACAACAGCAGGCCCUACAAGCAGCGAGGCAAUUACUCUUGCAGCAGCCAGGCAGUGGCCUGAAAUCUCCAAAGAGCCAGGACAAGCAGCGUCCACUGCAGGUUCCAGUGUCAGUGGCCAUGAUGAGUCCCCAGGUGAUCACGCCGCAACAGAUGCAGCAGAUCCUCCAGCAGCAGGUGCUCUCCCCACAGCAGCUCCAGGCCCUGCUCCAACAGCAGCAGGCUGUAAUGUUGCAGCAGCAACACCUGCAGGAGUUUUAUAAAAAACAACAGGAGCAGCUUCAUCUGCAACUUCUCCAGCAGCAGCACCCUGGCAAGCAGGCUAAAGAGCAACAGCAGCAGCAGCAGCAGCAGCAGCUGGCCGCCCAGCAGCUCGUCUUCCAGCAGCAGCUCCUGCAGAUGCAGCAGCUCCAGCAGCAGCAGCACCUGCUCAACAUGCAGCGGCAGGGCCUGCUCUCGCUGCCUGGGCCCGCUCCCGGCCAAGCCGCCCUGCCUGGACAAACCCUGCCCCAGUCAGCUGGCCUAAGCCCCGCAGAGCUCCAACAGUUGUGGAAGGAUGUGACCGGAGGCGGCGCUCACAGCAUGGAGGACAACGGCAUCAAACACAGCAACAGUGGCACCGGCAACGGCGGGGGUGGCGGUGGUUUAGACCUCUCCACCAACAACUCUUCCUCAACUACCUCCUCCUCUAAUCCCGCCAAAGCAUCGCCGCCCAUCUCUCACCAUUCCAUCGUCAAUGGACAGUCCCCCGCCCUCAACCACAGAAGAGAGAGGGAAAGGGAACGGGAAAGGGAGCGAGAGAGUUCACUACAUGAAGAAAGUGGAGGGACCCACCCCCUGUAUGGCCAUGGCGUGUGUAAGUGGCCCGGCUGUGAGAACAUCUGCGAGGACUAUGGACAGUUUUUGAAGCACCUAAACAGUGAACAUGCCCUGGAUGAUCGGAGCACAGCCCAGUGUAGAGUCCAAAUGCAAGUCGUACAGCAGCUGGAAAUACAACUUUCUAAAGAACGUGAGCGUCUUCAGGCGAUGAUGGCCCACUUGCACAUGCGGCCCUCGGAACCCAAGUCAUCUCCCAAACCACUCAACUUGGUCUCCAGCGUCACCAUGUCCAAGAACUUGCCCUCAACAUCGCCUCCCAACUUACCUCAGACACCAACCACGCCCACAGCACCUAUCACACCCAUGGCUGCCAUGCCCCAGGUGCCAUCAGUACUGGGAGGAGCAAACGUCCCCAGUAUGGGAGCCAUGCGCAGACGCCACUCGGACAAAUACUCCAUGCCUCUGUCGUCAGGUGGUGACACAGUAUUUAUUUUUCCAGAGAUUGCCCCAAACUACGAGUUUUAUAAGAACGCAGAUGUCAGACCGCCAUUUACUUAUGCAACCCUCAUAAGACAGGCUAUCAUGGACUCUGCCGACAUGCAGUUAACGCUUAAUGAAAUCUACAGCUGGUUCACACGCACGUUCGCUUACUUCAGACGCAACGCUGCGACUUGGAAGAACGCCGUUCGCCACAACCUCAGUCUGCACAAGUGCUUUGUGCGUGUGGAGAACGUGAAGGGGGCGGUGUGGACCGUAGAUGAGAUGGAGUACCAGAAACGCAGGUCGCAGAAGAUCACAGGAAGCCCAUCACUUGUCAAGAACCUGCCCUCCAGUCUUGGUUAUGGAAGUGCACUAAACGCCAGCUUACAGGCUGCCCUGGCAGAGACCUCCCUGCCUUUGCUGGGGACCCCCGGCCUCAUGACCAGCGGCUCCACGAUGGGAGGCAGCUGCCACGGCCUACUCGGUGGAGACCCGUCCAUCUUGACGGGUGGAAGUCCGCCCGGGUUGUUGGGAGGGAGUCCACCUGGACUUUUGGGCGGGAGUCCACAUGGACUGAUGGGGGGCAGCCCCCCAGGUAGGCUGAGCGGCAGCCCCCCCACCCUGUUGCAUUCCGUCCACGAGGGUCUCAACGGCUCACUUGACCACCUGGACACCAACGGACACGGCAGCCCCGGAUACUCCCCACCAGUACACAUGCCACCCAUUCACGUGAAGGAGGAGCCACUCAACAUGGAUGACGAUGACUGUCCGAUGUCACUGGUGACAACAGCCAAUCACAGUCCAGAGCUGGACGAUGACCGGGAGCUGGAGGAAGGGAACUUAUCGGAAGACCUGGAGUGACUAGGAUACAGUUUUUGGUCGACCUUUCCCUUCCCCCAGCCGCACUGUUUCUCUCACACAGACCUCCUGCAAAACCAGAAACCACUCCACAGUCCAAGCAACCACAGCUGACUCUCUCUUCUGUCUCUCUCACCACUGGGACUAUUUAUUGAGCAUGCAUCCGGAAGGAGACCGGUCCAAAGGAACUCUUUGUUGCAGCCCUUUGGGAUCCCCAAACAUGACAGGCAUGAGAUGUCUGAUUAAAAGAAUUAACUCUUUGAGACCUAUUUCAUUAGAGAUGGCGUGGCCACAUACAGUACAAGGAUGAUAGACUCAUGGAGGGGGGGUGGGGGGGACAUGAAACAAAUGAGCAAAUCAUGUUCCGUUGAAAGCUAGCGGCCUCAUAUACUGCCAAAAAGGAAGACGUUUUAUGUUUGUGAAUAAUCCAAGCCCCAGUAGUUGUUAAUGUCUAGAGACAAUUGCUGGUUCAAUUCAAGUUGUUGCUCUGUUAUCAUUUGCACAGGAGUAGUCUCAGAAAUUUUUGUCACUGCCUGUAUGUUGCUACUAUUAUGAAAACAGUAUAUAAUUUUUGCUUCUUUUUUUUUUACCAUCGUUAAUUUCAAAAUCUGAUUUUUAGACACCACCAACUGUAUAUGCCAUUCCCUGAAUCACACCAGUAACAGAACUGCGGUACCAAGACCAUUGUUGCAGCUGUCCAGAAAAAAAAGAAGAAAGAAAAAAAGUUGGCUUCCAGUCUAAUAUCUAUUUGUGGAAAAAAAACAACUGGAAAUGAAGUUGGGGGGGGGGGGGAUAAUAGUUUGUAUAAAGCACCAUUUACAAAACAAAUGCAUUUCUGCAUAAUUUUCUUCUUGCUGUUCUGCUUACCUCCUCGUUCUAAAGCUUUGUCUACCUGCAAACAGUCACAGGCAACAGCUAGAAACCAAAGCCAACACUAGCAAUGGCCAAUAGCUUAUAGACAGAAGCCACCAAACUCCUCUUGGUCCGUCUUCUGUGACUUUAAACUAGUACAAAGAGAAGCUUUUGUUCCGCAAACUACCUUUGAAUAACCUCUGGGAUUGUUUCAUUUAGCCCUAUACAAAGAUGAUCACGAGAAAGAGAGGGGGGGAAAUAAAUGCUGAUUUUGAUGUGUAAUUUGAUAACUCACAGAAGUCCACUGUGGAGAUGUUCUGCCAGACGUACUGUAGGUAAAAGGUGAUGUGAUAUUUGAACUGCAGGCAUUUUGUGCUGGUGAUUUGACUGGUAGAGAGCAGCUAACUGUAAAAGUGGAUCAUGACCAAAACAAAACAUUUGUGUAUUCAAUGGAAGUGCAGAAGCAUUGUUGUUUUGCAUAUAUUUUUACUUUGUGUUAUGCAUUACACAUCAGACGUCAUUGUUUUCUUUUAUUUUCAUGAUUUUUUUCUAACCUGGUGAAUAUGUAAUGUUCUAAGUGGGACUGUCAAAAUAAUGUCACGUCUUAUUUCCGUGGCGGUUUUGUUCCGAGCCGCGUUGAAACCGAAACUGAAAACAUCGCUAACCAAACAUGAAAAAUAUCUAGUGAAGCCAAAUAAGUCAUAAUUUCAAGUUGAUAUGAAAUGGCUUGGUUACCAUGUAAAAGCAAAUAAUAAUAGCCAUUUCAGAAGAGGAUAUCUAAGGUGAAAGGUAACCUUUUCUAGGUGAUAUUUGCUUUAACGUCAUCAAAUACUCAUUGUGUGGUUCCUAGCUUCUAAUUUCUAUAUAGAUACAACUAGUGUUAGCACUGAUGUACUCUGUAUAGGUAACCAGCUUUUUUAUAACACACUUGGUAUUAAACCAGACUAAAGAGAAGUAGUUAUUGUGGAGACUACGCCCCAUCAUUUCCUUCACAGCUAAUGUCAUCUAGAAAAGUGUUGUUGCUUUAAAGGUCAUUUCUGUUUUCAGUAAACCAAAGUUACACAAAAUUCUGCCUCCUCUUGUAUGGGAUAAAGAAAUGCUAAAACAACCACACACAUUCACACACACACACACACCCUGUCAGUGACUAGCUUACAUGCGCACAAACGGACACACACAGACCCUGAGCUUUUGGUCUGCCAACCUUCUUGUUUCGGUUUAGCUCUCCAGCUGCAGAAAAUGUAUGCUGUCAAAGAACCGACGAGUGGCUUUGUAUUGUGCUGUAACGACCAAAAUUUCCACUGUGCAUAUGUUGUUUUCUAGUGUGGUGCCAAGCCAAGGAAUUGGCUGUAAGAGCUUAAAACACAGACACGUGCAGUACUGUACAAACACGCAGCAUGUGAAGUACACACACACACACACACACACACACACACACACAUCCAUGCCAGUUCCACGUCAAGAGGUUACUGGGCCCAGGAACAAAGCUUAUCCCUUCAUACUUAGCUGGAGUCAGCAAAAUGACUUGAAGACGACGUUCUUAAUAAUCUUAUCACACCAAAUAAAAAGGACACUGCGUCUUUCUUUAAAAAAGAAAAAAGAAAAAAAGGGUUCUCCCACUCACCCAAAAAGGCUUUCUAAAAGCUUCUACCUCUGCACAAGAAAUUCAGAACAAUUAUGACAGAUUGCACGAGUUAUUAGAAUGCCACAAGAGCUGUUACAUUUUACUACGCUUGUCUCAUAGGACGUGGCUCAAACCAACGUUUACAUUCCCUGCGUCAAGAUAUGGAAGAUUUGCAUUGUAAUAGGUUGUCCUCAAACAUUUGUAGAAUGAUAAUGUAUAGAUUACCUGUAAGGGAAUAUUGUGUUUUAAAAAUGCAUGUCAAAAAAUCAUUUGGUGGACUGGAAACAAGAACCAAUAAAAAGAAUAUAAUAAAAAUCAUCGGGACGAUGGCCUAAAUGUACGUACAAUGCAUAGGAGUGCGUUACCUCAGAUAUACUGUUUUGGGAGGGAUAAAACCUGUCAGCCACAGAAUGCAUAUUACCUGUAGAUUUGCAUGGGUUUUGUAUAAAUUAAGUAAAAAAAAAAAAUGUCUAAAAUAGUUGCUUGCACAUAAUACCAGAAAGACCUCCAGAACUGCGAUCUGCUCCUCCACUAGAUUUUAGGAUUGUCUGGAUUUUCUGGGUUGAUUUUGUCUGUAUUUUGAUAACUGUGCAUACUUAUGUAAAAAAAUGUUGGUGGACCCAUAAAUUUACCAGACUUUUUUCUAAGAGGAAAAAAAAAUCUCAGUGUUUCUUUUCUGACUUACCUGAAUUUUUACUGUUUCUCUCUCAUUGCUCGCUAAGAAUAGCAAACCUGCUUUUUCUGCAUCUGCUUUGCGUAGCUGUAAGGCUUAACCUAAUGUGUGUAUUUAUUGCUUGUACCUCUGUGCAUACUUUAUGAAGCAUUAUGUCUGGCAGUUGAGUCAUGUAUCCUUUCUACUGCUAUCCUCUAAUAAUUGGGAAUAUGAUCCCCCUAUGUAUACAGUAAAUUGGGACUGUAGCAAACAUAUGUUUAUGUAAUUGGUGAAAACUUUUCUUUGAUUUAAUUUCCUUUUGAGAUUCAACUACUUUUUUUGAUACUUUUCAUUACUGUGUACUGUGUCCAUACGUUAAAGGUUCUCUGACAUUAGAAGGUCAUGGUUGAGAAUUGUAACAGACGUUAUUAUUUUCUGUAUUCAUGGCAUUUCACUGCUGAAUAAAAUAAAGGACCAAAACUUGGAAA